GGAACGCACUUGGCACAAUCACCUGUACAUAUCUGCGGCAGUGACAGCAGAACCGGUGCAUUUCUCAACAUUUUGCUACGUGUCAUGUACGCAAAUCUGAUUUGCACCAGGAACUGACAAGCGUGGAUUUAUCUCCCCGUGUUCCUUUCUCACGUCCAGUCGCCUCGUGCGUUUUCAAAGCUGUAAAAUAUGCGGCAAUUAAAGGGGAAAACGAAAGAGACGAAUAAACAGAAGAAAGAACGGAAAAAGGAGUUCCUUGAGAACAAGCAGAGAGUGUUCACGGUUGUGUUGCCUACCAUAGCUGCGAUAUUUGUGAUAAUAGCGGCAUAUAUCUACGUUAAAACCCGUCCAAAACUCAUGGAGUACUAAUUAUUAUACCAUUUGUCAUCCAUUCAUUCAGAUGAAAUGACUGUGCUGUAUCUCGACAAUGCAUAGACAAUUCCAUGUUGUAUUCUCAUGAUUCAUAUGAAAGUUUUUCUAAAUGGAGGACAUUCCAUUGUUCUCCCCAGAAACAUUUCAUACCCAAAUCAUAUACUAGAAACAAGAUACCGUUUUUGCAAAUGUCU